AUGCCUGUCUCUUACUUCCCUUCCGUCCGCCCAGCAGCGCUUGCCGUCGGCACCAUCUACGAGCACGUCACAUCUGCUCUCGUCUACGGACCUCUCUUUGGCCAGACAUGGCAAAAAGUCAUGAACUCAGACAAGAACUCUGAGUUCUGGCAGUCCAAGGAGGCUCAGUCCGCCGUCACCAUGUACGGUACCUCCCUCGUGUCUUCCGGUAUCCAGACCUACUGCAUCUCGGCUCUUCUUCAGCUCACAGGCACCGUCUCUUACAAGGGCGCCGCAUACCUCGGUCUCGUUGUCUUUGGCGCAACUUCCAUCCCAGGCGUCAUUUCUUCCACAUUCACCGAGAAGCGACCAUUGGAGUAUGUUGCCAUCAAGAGCAUCACUGCUCUUUUGCAAACUUCCGGUCUCGCUGUCGUUUUGACUGCCUUUGGCCACCGUCGUGACCUCCUCUCGUAA